AUGGAGAUGCUGCUGGUGGUCGCCCUGGGCCUGGUGGUGACGGCGGCCGCGCGACCAGACACGAUCUUCGACUUCGAGGAUGACGACGCCGAGCACGAGCAGAAAGGCGUGGCGGGGAAGGCAGUCACCGGCGAGUACAAGUGGGAGAGUCCUGAGGGCCUGGACUUCAAGGUCAAGUACAUCGCGGACGACCGAGGUUACCGCGUCAUAGAGUAUAACGCCGUGCCCCUAGCGCUCCCGACGCCCAGGCGCAGGCGUCCGUCAGGCAGGCCGCGUCCGCCGGGCAGGCCGCGUCCGACGCGCAGGCCACGUCCGCCGGGCAGGCCGCGUCCGACGCGCAGGGGCGCCCGCAGCACAUAA